AUGAAAUCCUUCAGGCCUGUUUUCCGAUGUGCGAUUGAGGGGGCAGCAGAGACGCAGCGCGUGGCAGAGGAGAAGGAAGUAGGAGUCAAUGUCGCCUCCACGCCGGCGACCGAAGAAGUCUCCGGGUAUCGAGUCAAGACGAGCCCGAGACGGGUGGACCGCUGGCUCGAUGCGACGGUGCGGGUGGCCGGGUCGGCCCCGAUCUUCUUAUUGAUCAUUGCGGGUCUUUUGACCUGGGCUCUGAUGGGCAUUCGCUUUGGGGACUCGGAUGUCUGGGUUGCUGCUAUCUCCGAUGUGCAAGCCAUUCUUUGUUACGUUUUCGAUUCAUUCCUCAUGCGCCAGCUGCUCCGCGAAUUCUCCGAGCAGCGCGAAGUCAUGAUUCAGAUACAAUCCCGUUGCAACAGUCACCAACGCAUGAUCGCCAAGGUGAAGGCGAAGCUGGGAAGUGAGCGAGUACGUCGGGUAUCGGAACAUUGCGAUCAUUGGCCACUCGACCCGUUGGACCAUGGAUUGCGCACACAAGGUCUCUUUGGUCGGUGGAUCAUCGUUUCCGCCAAGACCUUUGGACAUAUUGCAACCGGUGCUGUCUACUGGGUGUGCAUCUUCAUUUGGCUGGGGUUUGGCCCCUCUUGUGACUGGUCGAAUCGAUGGCAACUCUAUAUCAACGAUGCGACGUCGGCGCUUAUGAUUCUGGUCUUUGCCUUCCUAGCCUGCCUUCGCGAACGCUACGCAGACUACACAAAUACGUGUCUGGACGCGAUCUUCCGACUUGAUUCAACUCUGGAGAAAGAGCUUCGUCGCCUGAGCGAGGAUGACCUACCAAACCAGACAGAAGUGAUGUCCCCUCCGAAAGAGAGCUUCCUACAAGUCGUCGUCUUCUACUAUGCGGACAUUAUCGGCACUCUUGUCGGUAUGAUCUUCCUCGUACUUGUGGUGAUUGCGUGGGCAGCCGUCGGCCCAGUCUUUGAGUUUAACAGCAACUGGUGGCUGCUCAUCGGCACAUACGCGGGGCUGGUCGGGCUCUUUGACAGUUUCGUGCUUCGAAACAUUCAAGGCAAGGUGCACCAGUACACGGACCAUCAAAUUCGCCUAGUGGAAGAGAGAGAUUUGAGUCUUUUCGCAGGACUAUCAAUGACGGUUCCUUCGGCUGAUGGGACCGAGAAGCCUCUGUCUUUGACUCAGCGUGUCUCGGGCCGGAUGGACCAAGUCAGCUCUCAUAUUUACAUGGUGAUUGCUGGCUUUUUCCUGACAAUUGGUUGUCUUGCCGCUUCCAGCGCCAUGAGGUGGAGUCUUACCGGCCAAUUGAUCUCCAAUGUGCCGCCUAGCGUCAUCGAGACAUUCUUCAUGCUCAUCCUCAUCACCGGCCAGAACGAUGCUGAGGCGAAGGUGCACAUAGAUCUGACCAAUAUCUACUACCGGCGCCAACGACUGCUGCUCUUCAUCCGGCAGGCGAAGGAGACUUGUGCUGAGCCAGAGUUUGCCGAGGACGUCGCGCUGCCCGUGGAAUAG